AAGAGAGCAUGCGCAAUAAGUCUACCUGUUUUCCUUGGGUCUUUCUUUUCUUUCUCUGGCCGACGCUCGGCGACGGGGAUUUGUCAUAAAGAUGAAGCUCAACAUCGCUUUUCCCGCAACGGGAUGCCAAAAAUUGAUUGAAGUUGACGAUGAGCGAAAGCUGCAAGCUUUCUUUGACAAGCGUAUCUCCGCUGAGGUCGCUGGUGAUUCUCUUGGAGAUGAUUGGAAGGGAUACCGCUUCCGCAUCACCGGAGGCAAUGACAAGCAGGGAUUCCCAAUGAAGCAGGGUGUCUUGACCAAUGGACGUGUUCGUCUGUUGCUGUCCAAGGGCCAUAGCUGUUAUCGGCCACGUCGUACUGGCGAGCGUAAGCGCAAGUCAGUCCGUGGCUGCAUUGUGGACGCCGCGAUGAGCGUUCUCAGCUUGGUCGUGGUUCAGAAGGGUGAACAGGAAAUCCCCGGCCUCACCGACAAGACCAUCCCACGUCGUCUUGGACCGAAGCGUGUUGGAAAGAUCCGCAAGCUUUUCAACUUGGAGAAGGCUGAUGAUGUUCGCCAGUAUGUUGUCCGUCGCCCAAUGCCAGAAAAGGAGGGCAGGAAGCCGAAGUCCAAGGCCCCCAAGAUCCAGCGCCUUAUCACGCCCGUUGUUCUUCAGCGCAAGCGUCACCGUGCUUCAAUGAAGAAGCAAUGGGCUGUCAAGAGCCGCGAGCAGGCUGCCACCUACCAGAAGCUGCUUGCCCAGAGGCAGAAGGAAGCUCGUGAGAAGCGUGUUGAGCGCCAGCAGCGCCGUCGUCGCCUCACUUCCACCGCUCAGAGCUCUUCCCAGUAAUCUCUGUAAUAAACCAUUUUUAGACCA